AUGAUUGUAUCAGUAAGUUUAAUUUUAAACAAUGAACUAUUUUAUUUAGGCUGCUAAAGCGUUAUAAAUGGAUGUCUAGAAUGCCACCUCAGUAUUUUCUCAAAAAUAAUAGAAUGUGGCAAAUGCGAAAAUGGCCUUUUCCUUCUGAAGGAAAAUCAAACACUAGUGAUCUUGGUUGUCAAUCUUGCUUUGGAGAAGCAAUUAAUAAUGGUUGGGUUAAUGCAUUUCAAAUGGAAAUCACUCCAUUUGAGACGAAAUUUCAAACCUGCCUCAGUAUUAAUACAUUUCUAAUCAUUAUUUUAAUAGGGUGCGAAUCCUCAUUCGACUGCCUAAAAUGUCAGGCCUUCAAUUUAACUCACUGUAUAUAAUGUAAUGAUCCAAUAAGUCAGAAAUCUCUUGCAAUUGGAGAUAUGA